AUGAUUAAAAAGAGGUAUGGUAAAGCCAAUAAUAAAUAUAUGGGUGAAAAGUACUAUCCCACCAAGUCGAGUAAAUUUAUCGCAUACCUUGAUACUAAUUACGGCUGUGCUAUGAGAAAACCUCUUCCCGUCGGAGACUUCUGAAAAAGAACUUCAGAAUUGUCGCGCGCAAUUUUGUAGGUACCCGCGGAGGUACCUAUGGGUGCAUACUGGAGAUCGACCUUGGAUAUCCUGAAGACCUUCAUAACCUACACAACGAUUACCUAUGUGCACCAGAACGUAUAAACGUUAAUGGAGUAGAGAAACGCAUGCCUUUGGGAGACAAGAAGAGAUACAUCCUACAUUGUGAAAAGUUAAAGCUGUGUCAAAGCUUAGGCUUAAAGGUAACAAAGAGCCACCGUGGAAUUAGUUUGACUCAACGUGAUUGGUUAAAGCCUUACAUCGAUCUCAACACCCGCCUGAGGGCCAAAGCAAAGAAAGACUUAAAGAAAGAUUUCUUCAAGCUAAUGAACGACUCGGUCUUCGGUAAGACCAUAGAGAACAUCCUAAAGAUGAGGCAGAUUGGUUGGUGGAGGUGAAAAGGGUAGA